CUCAGGAAAUAACCUUGGAAGAUGGUGGCCACGAAGACCUUUGCUCUGCUGCUGCUGUCCCUGUUCCUGGCAGUGGGACUAGGAGAGAAGAAAGAGGGUCACUUCAGCGCUCUCCCCUCCCUGCCUGUUGGAUCUCAUGCUAAGGUGAGCAGCCCUCAACCUCGAGGCCCCAGGUACGCGGAAGGGACUUUCAUCAGUGACUACAGUAUUGCCAUGGACAAAAUUCACCAACAAGACUUUGUGAACUGGCUGCUGGCCCAAAAGGGGAAGAAGAAUGACUGGAAACACAACAUCACCCAGAGGGAGGCUCGGGCGCUGGAGCUGGCCAGUCAAGCUAAUAGGAAGGAGGAGGAGGCAGUGGAGCCACAGAGCUCCCCAGCCAAGAACCCCAGCGAUGAAGAUUUGCUGCGGGACUUGCUGAUUCAAGAGCUGUUGGCCUGCUUGGUGGAUCAGACAAACCUCUGCAGGCUCAGGUAG